AAUCUGUGGCUUCCGUGGUCCGCAUCGUUUCCUACAAAAGCACCACUUCACGGCUCUCGGACACACUCACAGCGUACUAUCAGAGGCUUUGUGUUGUUAUUGUGUCGGGACCAAACUUUAGCUAUGGCUUCCACCGUCGCUGCAUCCGCCGUUGUGGCACCAACUGCAUUCGCCGCUGCCUCACCCGCUGCGUCUACCUCCGGGUCGACCACCGUCAAGGCUUUCUCUGGUCUCAAGAGCGCCACUGUAUUCUCCGGCAAGGCCCAGAACUCGAGCUCCGUCCAGAAUGGCAGCCGCGUGCAGUGCAUGCAGGUGUGGAACCCCAUUGGCAUGACCAAGUUCGAGACUUUCUCCUACUUGCCCCCUCUAUCCGACGACGCCAUCGCCAAGCAGGUGGAGUACAUGAUUCAGCAGAAGCUCAUCCCCUGCCUGGAAUUCGACGUGAACGCCAACGGUGUGUCCCGCACCAACAACUCAUCCCCAGGGUACUACGAUGGUCGUUACUGGACCAUGUGGAAGUUGCCCAUGUUCGGGUGCCAGGACUCCGCCCAGGUGUUGAGGGAGAUCGAGGAGUGCAAGAAAACCUUCCCGGGCUGCUUCGUGCGCGUGUUGGGCUUCGACAACGUGAAGCAGGUGCAGAUCUGCGGGUUCUUGGUUGCCAGGCCCAACUAAGUUAUUCACCGAAAUUUUCAAUCGUAGGUUCAGUUCGUCAACUGGGGUUCCGGUGAAUCGUGUUGUAUAAUAAGCCAUUGGCCUUGAAAUACGAAAUUGUGCUUCAUCAAGUUCA